AAAAAAAAAAAAAAACUAAUUUACUUCUCUCUUUCCUUGGAUCAUCAUCGUCUUCCUCUCUUUGGUUCUCAGAUCUUUGAAUCGAGAAGAAACUAAAUUUUGAAUGCUCGUAUAAGUGAAUUUGUUAUUAUUGGAAAAGGGAAUAAGGCGAAGAUGGUGAAAAUGACUUUGAUAGCUCGUGUUACUGACGGGUUGCCUCUAGCAGAGGGACUCGAUGAUGGACGCGACUUACCUGAUUCUGAUAUGUAUAAGCAACAGGUCAAGGCUUUGUUUAAGAAUCUUUCCAGAGGUCAAAAUGACGCUUCCAGAAUGUCUGUUGAAACUGGCCCCUAUAUUUUCCAUUACAUCAUAGAAGGACGUGUUUGCUACUUGACAAUGUGUGACCGCUCUUACCCAAAGAAACUCGCUUUCCAAUACCUGGAAGAUCUCAAGAAUGAAUUUGAACGUGUCAAUGGACCUAACAUUGAAACAGCUGCUCGACCUUAUGCCUUUAUUAAAUUCGAUACAUUCAUACAGAAAACCAAGAAACUGUACCAAGACACUCGUACGCAACGAAAUAUUUCUAAGUUGAAUGAUGAACUCUAUGAGGUUCAUCAAAUAAUGACGCGGAAUGUGCAAGAAGUCUUGGGUGUUGGUGAAAAGCUGGACCAGGUGAGCCAGAUGUCGAGCAGGUUAACAUUAGAAUCUCGUGAAUAUGCUGAUAAGGCUAAAGAUUUGAACCGUCAGGCUUUGAUCCGGAAAUGGGCACCAGUUGCAAUUGUGCUCGGUGUAGUUUUCCUCUUAUUCUGGGUCAAGACCAAGCUAUGGUAAGGAGGAACCUAAAGGCUAUUUUUCGAAAUUAGCAGACUUCUCCAGACACAUAUCGACCUCCCGACCGUGGACUCAAAUCUCCAGACUUCUUUCAAAGAGAAACUUUGACACAUUUUGUACUUCUGUAGUAUGCAAACUUUUUAUGAGACUGGUCAUAUUAUACUCUUAAAAACCGUCAUUGUCAUUUUCUCAGGCUUCUUUAAAUUGAAUUAGAACCAUAAGUAAACAAAAAUAGACUGUGUUUGAAUUUCAUACAUGUACUAUAUGUUUCUAACACAA